GAUGUUUCUGUGCUGCGGCUCCGGUCGUGUUUUGGUCAGGAGGUAGAAAGAUGACAGCCAGAAAGUCCGGGUCGCGAUUAGAGACUGAAAUAGAGCGCUGUCGAUCGGAGGGACAAUGGGACAAGAUACCAGAACUCGUCCGGCAGCUGUCUGCGAAACUCAUCUCAAACGAUGAUCUUGGAGAACUUCUGCUGGGGGAGGCCAAACUCCAGCAGUACCUCAAGGAAAACCCCAUCAAGCAGGGAGCCAGUCCCCGCGGGCCCCGACCACGCCUCCAGGAGGUACGGAAACACUUGACGGCUGCACUUGAUCGGGGAAACUUAAAGCCUGAAUAUAUGCAGGAGGCCAGUCUGAUCAUGGCUAAGCUGUGCUACGUGGAGGGUGAUUACAGGGAAGCACUGAAUCAGUACGGUCGCGUGAAUCUGGAUGAGAUGCAGCUGGUAGGAGCUCCAGUGUACAGACUCUCCAUGAUCGCUGAGGCCUACGCCACUAAAGGUCUCUGUCUGGAGAAAGUGCCCAUGGCGUCCCCAUCACUGUCCAAUCGUAAUGCGGACAAAGACCAGGAGAUAAUCACUUGUUAUGAGAAGUCUGGAGACAUCGCUCUUCUCUAUCUUCAGGAGGUAGAAAAGGCUCUUAGUGUUGGCAUUCAGAAUCGCAGUCCAAAGCCCGGCCCAGUCACACAGGAACAGGAACUUGGCUACUUCCUAGAGACGGGACUUCAGAGGGCUCAUGUUAUUCAUUUCAAAAAUGGUAACCUGACCCGUGGUGUCGGCCGGUUCCGAGAGAUUCUCAGAGCCGUUGAGACCAGAACCACUCAGAACCUGCGUAUGACUAUCGCCAGGCAGCUUGCAGAGAUUCUGCUGCGGGGCAUGUGUGAACAGAGUUACUGGAACCCACUGGAAGACCCCCCUCACCACUCCCCAUUGGACGACCCACUCAGACACACCCCUCACACCAAGGACUAUGCCCUCAGUCGCCGCCCACGCAUCUACUCAGGAGAAAAUUUGUUUUGUCCACAGGAGAACACAGAGGAGGCCUUACUCCUGUUGUUAAUCAGCGAGUCAAUGGCUAACAGAGAUGCCGUGUUGAGUCGGAUCCCCGAACACAAUAACGACCGAAUCAUCAGCCUCCAGAGCGCCUCGCUGGUGUAUGACCUGCUGACCAUCGCGCUCGGCCGCCGCGGACAGUAUGAGAUGCUCUCAGAGUGUCUCGAAAGAGCCAUGAAGUUUGCCUUUGAGGAGUUUCAUCUCUGGUUCCAGCUCGCUCUUUCCCUAAUGGCUGCUGGGAAGUCGGCUCGAGCAGUGAAGGUACUGAAGGAGUGUAUAAGACUGAAGCCAGACGAUCCCACCAUUCCUCUGCUGGCAGUCAAGCUGUGUAUUGGAAACCUGCACUGGCUGGAAGAAGGCGAGCGCUUUGCUAAAAUAGUGAUUGAUAUGGGUGAGAAGGCGGCUGAAUUCAGGGCCAAAGGCUAUCUAGCUAUCGGUCUUGUCUACAGCCUGAAAGCCACAGAUGCAUCUCUUCGAGGAAUGCAAGAGGAGUAUCAGAAAAAAGCGCUGAGCGCUUUCCAGAGGGCACAGAGUUUGUCCCCCACUGAUCAUCUAGCUGUUUUCUACCUGGCACUGCAGCUGGCUGUAUCACGACAGAUUCCAGAGGCUCUCGGUUAUGUACGACAGGCAUUACAGCUGCAGGGCGAUGAUGUUCAUUCGCUGCACCUGCUGGCCUUGCUGCUGUCAGCUCAAAAACACUACCACGACGCUCUCAACAUCAUCGAGAUGGCCCUCAGUGAAUACCCUGAGAACUUCAUUCUGUUAUUUUCAAAGGUGAAGUUGGAGACGUUAUGUCGAGGUCCAGAGGAGGCGUUACUCUCUUGCAAACGCAUGCUGCAGAUUUGGAAGUCCUGUUACAACCUCACCAACCCCAGUGAUUCUGGGAGGGGGAGCAGUCUGUUAGACAGAGCUGUUGCUGACCGUCGCCAGCUGAACGCCAUGACACUACCUGACUUCAGUGAUCCAGAGACAGCCUCUCAUGCCUCUUCCUCCUUCUCGGGGUCAGAACCUGUAUCUCCUCUUUUUCCUCUUUCAUCCUUCUAUUCUUCAUCUCCACCCAAGGCCGAAUCCACCCAGAGGCGCAGCAGCCAUGCUUUCUGUGACCACGCCCCCCGUCGACGCUUCUCCUCUGCCAGCAACCUUCCAGAUGCUUUCUUUCAUGGUUUUGACUCCUUUAUUGGGGUUUGUUCCGUCCACGCCACCUCCAUAGCAGCGUCCCGGGUGGAGCAGGCGCUCUCUGAGGUGGCCUCUUCCCUUCAGAGCAGCGCUCCAAAACAGGGGCCCCUCCAUCCUUGGAUGACCCUCGCCCAGAUCUGGCUGCAUGCAGCGGAGGUGUAUAUUGGAAUGGGAAAGGCGGCGGAGGCGACAGCGUGUACGCAGGAAGCAGCCAACCUGUUCCCCAUGUCCCAUAACGUGUUGUUUAUGAAGGGUCAGGUGGCGGAGCUGCGGGGGAACGUGGACGAGGCCAAGCGCUGGUACGAGGAGGCGCUGUCCAUCAGCCCCACCCACGUCAAGACCAUGCAGAGACUGGGUCUGAUAUUGCAUCAGCUGCAGAGGUACAGUCUCGCGGAGAAGAUCUUGCGUGACGCGGUGCAGGUGAACAGCACAGCCCAUGACGUGUGGAACAGUCUGGGAGAGGUGCUGCAAGCGCAGGGCAACGACGCCGCCGCGACCGAAUGCUUCCUUACUGCCCUGGAGCUGGAGGCCAGCUGUCCCAUCUUACCUUUCACCAUCAUCCCCCGCACCCUCUGAGAAACUCCGAAAGCUCCCCACCAACAAACCUCUGUCCGAGAGUCAUGCAUGAACCACAGCCCUUAAACACACACAAAUGCCCAACCCCGAAACUCUACUUCUGUCCUGGAAUGCCUUUCCCACCCCCUCCGAGCUUUUUAUCGGCUCUCAGAUACGGAUCUGUCGAAAAACUCCGAUCGACACGGUUAUCAGUGUGAACUUUGCCACACUGCUUCACUCUCAUUGUUUUUUCCCUUCCUGUUCCUUCCUUCUUUCUGUGCUAGAAUUUCCACCGGCUUCUGUACAUCGUAGUGGUGCCGCCCACCCUAAAACCCCGCCCCCUCCAGCACUCCCAUUGGUCAGUUUCACAGUACAAGUGGACCAAUGAGAAACCUUUUCAAGCUGCUGAUUGACGCAGCGGUUUCAUCAAACCACGGUGCUUCCCGAAACAUGUCCCAAAACAUACAAUCUUGAGAUUCUUGUAGCUGUGUGUCAUACAAACCAGUAAUAACACUGACGCAGAGACGGUCAAAAGUGUGUGUACGUGUGCCGUGCGUGUUUGUGGACAUGUCAGAGUGCGUGUGUCCUUUACAUGUGCUGAUAUCCAGGAUAUCCCUUCCUGUGUGCGCGUGUUUAUUUUGAAUGGAAUACUUGACACGCUGUUACACAAACACACGUAAUAAAGGUUGUGUUUCCAUGCUGUUGUUCCCGAGGGCAGGUGUGUCUCCCGUGUUAUGACUCCUAGAGAAAUAUUACGUCCCCCUCUGAUCAAACACUGUAUUGUUUAUAUACUGUAUGUACAAAAGAAUCGCCUAAAGCAAAUGGAACGGAUGCCAAAAGAACAACUAUUCUAAAAGCAAAUAUUUUAUCUUGGUUCUCAUAAAAAAAGAGAAGAUAAAUAUAGUUUUGGACAUUUCGUUUUGUUCGUCGGUUUAUUUUUCCACAGUUGUCAUGAAUCAGAGGUCAAGAUUUAUAUUGUUGAUUUAUCAGAGACGUGUUAUAUUAGAUGUUUAUUUAUCUGUGUCCCAGUGGCUGUGUGUUAGACGGGUGAAGACAUAUAUGUAUUCUGUGUGUGUGUGUGUGUGUGUGUGUGUGUGAACGCGAGGGACUGUUACAGAUGAACAUGUUAAACUCUCAGAUAUACGCAAACUAUCUUCAUAACGGUCAGUGAUUUCAGUUAUAUAAGGGAGAGAACGAGGAAGAUUGUACGUGUGUAUUUGAAGUCUUAGCAGUGUCAAUCACAGGGCCAAACACACAACUGGAAAUGCUGUUUUAUGAUGUCAAUAAACGAUCGAUUGUGAAAAAUC